UUUCGUCUCUCGUCGAUAAAGCAAAAAAUCAAAUCAAGCUUCUUCUUCGAUCUUCUUCCUCUCGUCUGGUUUCGUGGUUCUGAUCCUUGUUGUAUUCUUUCUCCAAAGAAGAUGGCUUUAAAGGAGCAGCUGGAUAAAUUCAACAAACAGCAAGUGAAAUGCCAAUCUACGCUAUCGAGCAUUGCUUCUUCAAGAGAAAGAACAGGGUCUUCGAGGCAGUCUGUGCCUUUGCCUGCGGCAAUCAGUCAGAAGAAGCCUGAUGCAGCUCCUGUCAAGUUUUCAAACGAUACCGAGCGACUUCAGAAUAUUAACAACAUUAGAAAAGCUCCUGUUGGAGCUCAAAUCAAGCGUGUCAUUGAUCUUCUCUUUGAGAAAAGGCUAGCCUUAACUCCAGAGCAAAUAAAUGAAUUGUGUUAUAUUGAUAUGCAUGCCAAUAAGGCUGUUUUUGAUAGUUUGAGGAAGAAUCCGAAAGCGCAUUAUGAUGGAAGAAGGUUCUCUUAUAAGGCUACACACGAUGUCAAGGACAAGAACCAGCUUCUUUCGUUGGUGAGUAAAUACCCUGAUGGGAUUGCGGUGGUUGAUCUCAAAGACGCUUACCCGAAUGUAAUAGAGGAUUUGAAGGCUCUGAGUGCUUCAGAGGACAUCUGGUUGCUAUCAAAUUCACAAGAGGACAUAGCGUACCCAAAUAAUUUCAAGUGUGAGAUUAAGGUUGAUGACGAAUUUAAAGCUCUAUUCCGUGACAUAGACAUCCCGAGCGACAUGCUGGACGUGGAGAAGGAGCUGCUGAAGAUCGGUUUGAAGCCAGCAACAAACACUGCAGAGAGGAGAGCUGCUGCACAGACCCAUGGCAUAUCGAAUAAACCGAAGGAUAAGAAGAAGAAGAAACAAGAGAUCAGCAAGAGAACCAAACUCACCAAUGCCCAUCUACCCGAGCUUUUCCAGAGCCUUAAUGCCAGCAGUUCCCGGAACUGAACCUCAUAAAUGGAUGAUCAUGCGGUUCAAAACUCAAAUUGAUCCUGAAUUUUCUUGUAAUUGUAAUUGUUAUGAUCUUGAGUUUACAAAUUACAAUGGUUUUCAUGUAUUCUCACGACAUUUGUUAGAAAUAUAGAAUAAACACAUUUAUGA